AUGUUUGGAUUCAGCCUAGAAGCAGGUGCUGUUCUUCUGAGGAAGGCCGUGGCUGCCUUCAUCAUGACAGGCUGCUUCAACGGCGAGAUGUUCAUCUCGAAUGACGACGUCACUCUGGCAGCUACCACAUUUCCCAUCCCAAUGUUCCAAAUCCCAAGCCUCCUCGUAUCCCUUCGAUUGCGACCUCUCAUCGGGGAGGACUUAUACUGCACCGAAGGCCUCCUCUGGCUUGCCCUCAGCUUUCGUGACUUCUAUAACAAUCUCAGUCUUUAUGAGGACGACGAUGAUUUUUUCGGCAUCUAUGGCAGUGCAGACCUUCGUCGCAUCAGAUUUGUGCUCGUCAAUAAUAGAACUGAGAGGUUUUGGGAUCAGCAAAUGGACUUGUUUACAAUCGAACGUGGUCGGAUGAUCGCACCUGAGUUCCACUAUGAAUAUGAUGUGGUCGUUGGAAUACCUUCGGGCAUAUUUGGAAGUCUCAUCAUGAAUCUAAGCCGUUUCGGGAUGACAGUUUCUGCACUUGUAACAGAAACUCAAGUUACGUUCACUGUGGGAAAUGUAAAGAUUGUUCUCAGGAAAGAGCUGGAGGAGUGUAUUAUUGGGGGUGCUGUGGGUGAAAAUCCAGUUUCCUUGGUGUUCCAUAUCCAUUACAGUAACACAAUGCUGCGCUCUUCAUUUCUGUCAAAAAGGGUGUGGUUGCUUGGCCAGUCCAAUGGUUCAUCUGUCAUGCUCAAUUGCCCUGUUGGAACACUCGGUAACCUCAUGUUCUACGUUGGGUGA